ACAACAGAAACAGAUUUUUUGUUCUAUUCCAUCAUUUCCGAUAUACGAUAAACGGUCUUAAGCAUAGAUGGGCCUGGUAACAUAAACACAAUGACUAAUUAAUUAUAAAAAUCCACACAUACGGUUCGGAUUUCAAAGUACAAGGGUUACGGUAAUGCUGCUUGGAUCAUCAUAACAAAAUAGUUUGACCACAUUUUUUAUUUGAAAUACUUAAGUUUGAGUAAGCCCAAUUAAUAAUCAUAUAGCAGAAUGAAGUUGGCAGCCGUUUCCUGGAUAUGGUCAAUCCUUAUAAUAUGCGGAAUUUUUGAAGCGCAGGCGCAAUUAAAUUUGGAUAAACUUGAUCUGCCAAGCCAAAUUCCAGAUGAGUUGUUAAAAUCCAACUUUAGCUACAGCCAAGUCAAAGAAGUAUUCCGCAAAAAAUGCAUAGAGGUGUCCGGCGAAGAAGCUGGCGACCGGGCAUAUAAUGAUAUUGAGGCCGGUGCUUUAACGCUUAGCGAAUGCGUAAAUAGUCUUGUCAAUUAUACAACACUGCAGCGGGAGAUACAAGAGGCAAGUCCCGAAGGAGAACUGGAUGUCGUGUUCAACAAGUAUUGUGCUAAACGAACGAAUGCCAUAGACUGUUUUGAUGUGUUCACGAAUAAGCUGCUGCCAUGCUUGGACAAGGAGGAGCAGGAAAGCCAGGACGUAAUUAAACGUAUUAUCCAAAGUUUGUUGAACUUUGUGUGCCAUAAAGAUGGUGACCAAAUAGCCUUAUUUAUUGCGGAAGAAGGUCCCGAGUGCCUUGAAUCACAAAGGGACAAUAUUCAACAGUGCGUUAACAGCACCUUUUCUACGUACUUUAACGAGGCAGAUAUGCACGAUAGUAAUAAAAUCAAGGCAAUACCCAAAUUGGUUGUGGGCCAGAAACAGUGCAGUGAUAUAAAAACUUUGGAAAUAUGCAUUGUACGUCACCUGGAGCACUGUUCAAAAAUAACGCCGGCCAAUCUAAUAGAGUCCAUGUUCAAUUUUAUAAGAAACGAAACUCUGUGCCGCAAUUACCAGCAAUUGGCCUUAACUGGAAGCGCAAAUGCGCUGACCAACACUCACACAAAUGGCAUCCUCUUGUGUGCUCUAUUGAUAUUUAUACUUAGUAAGAUAUAUUGCUUUAAGUAAUUUUUUUUGUUCUUGGAUUCGAAACAUUGAACUUGCCGUGUUCAAGUUUGUAUUCUUCGCGGAAAUCGCUUGCCAAAAAGUGGGUGCGUUAAUUGUGAGACACGAAUAUUUUUUUUUUACAAUCUGCCUAAUCAGAUAAGGUGCAAAUGUUACAGCAAAGAAAACGAACAAAUGAACUUGAGGACAUUGUUCAUACAUACAUAUGUAUUAUUUGCGUGCUUUAUGUAUCUUUGUUCUCGGUUCUCAGCUUAUAAGUUAUUUUCUCUACACAACAGUGUUUUAUUGUAAUCUCCUAUAUCAUAUAAAUGUAGACAUCUCUCUAUUACUAUAUAUGUAAAUCAAGUAAAUCUCAUACAUAUAGAAAACCUUUUAUAUAGAGGGCACAGGUUUAAAGUUUAUCAAAAUAUGGAAUGUCAACGGAAACGUGAAAGUAUCAAAAUGUGAAAAUAAAUAAAUCAAAAUAAGACAGUAGCAAUUAA